AUGACAUUCCGUCUCGAUAAAACCCCACAGACAUGCGAAAAUGCCGAAGAGAGCAUCAGCGUCACGGAAAGCGCAGCAAUUGACAUGGCAAAGGAUUACCUAGGCAAUGACCUUCCAGUUCACGGAGAUUCUUUCAAUCAAGCAGAAAAGGAACAAACCGAUAUCUUCAAUAAGCAGUUUGAAGUCGUACUGCGUGCUGUUAAACACCUGUCCUGCUCUGGUGAUCUGCAAACGCCGAAAUGUAGAGCAUUGGAAAAGGCUAAAGAAAUUCUCUUUGGUUAA